AUGUUCAGAUUAUCUCAUUUAUUUAGUUUCACAAGUUCAGACUUUUUCCUCCACCGUUCAGACUUUUUCCUCCACCAGUUCAAACUUUUUCCACCACCAGUUCAGACUUUUUCCUUCGCCGUUCAAACAUUUUCCUCCUCCAGUUCAGACUUUUUCCUUCACCAGUUCAGACUUUUUCAACUACCAACUUUAUCCGCCACCAGUUCAGGCUUUUUCCUUCACCGUUUACACAUUUUCCUCCACCAGUUCAAACUUUUUCCUCCACCUGUUCAGACUUUUUCCUCCACCAGUUCAAACUUUUUUCUCCAACAGUCCAGGCUUUUUCCUUCACCGUUCAGACAUUUUCCUCCACAAGUUCAGACUUUUUCCUCCACCAGUUCAAACUUUUUCCUUCACCGUUCAGACAUUUUCCUCCACCAGUUCAGACUUUUUCCUCCACCAGUUCAGGCUUUUUCCUUCACAAGUUCAGACAUUUUCCUCCACCAGUUCAGACUUUUUCCUCCACCAGUUCAGACUUUAUCCGCCACCAGUUCAUGCUUUUUUCUUCACCGUUCAGACAUUUUCAUCCACAAGUUCAGACGUUUUCCUCCACCAGUUCAGACUUUCUCCUCCACCAGUUCAAACUUUUUCCUUCACCGUUCAGACAUUUUCCUCCACCAGUUCAGACUUUUUCCUCCACCAGUUGAGACUUUAUCCGCCACCAGUUCAGGCUUUUUCCUUCACCGUUCAGACAUUUUCCUACACCAGUUCUGA